UGUAAAUAACAACGACUCGGUAUCAAACUGUUCAAGUCGGUUUGAUUAUGUUGUGCACGCAUUGAUCAGACAACAAACUACGUCUUUUGCAAUGGAUCCUACCUACAACAAAGUACGAUUGACUUGCUUUUUUAUGCUUUGUGGCUCUCUACUAGUGCAGUCACAAAAUGUUGUCAAACCCAUCUCUGGAACAGCUGGGAAAUGUCAGGACAAGUCUAUUAUAUGCGAAGGAUCGUAUGUGGCUAAACUAGACUAUCAAUGUUCUGACAAUCAACGAUUCUGUUCCAAAAUGCAUCACUUACAAAGCACUAAAAAAUGUGAUGACAAAGAGCUUCAAAUUAUUACACGUGAUUCUUGGGGGGCCAGGACGCCGCUCAGCAGUUUAAAUAACUUGAGCGCUAAUCUGUCCUUCUUCAUUAUCCAUCAUGCGGCCGGAUAUGACUGUUCGGAACAAAAGAAGUGUUUGCAACAGAUGAAAGUCGUUCAGAAACUACAUCAAUCAUCAGAUAAAGGCUUUGAUGAUAUCGGCUACCAAUAUGUGAUAGGAGGAGACGGGACGGUAUUUGAGGGCCGGGGUUCGAAGUAUGGAGGUUCUCACUCACCAGGUUACAACACAAAAAGUAUCGGGGUCUGUCUUCUCGGUAACUUCAUGACAACUCUACCAUCCAGUAACGCUGUCUCGUCGUUAAAGAAACUUCAUACGUGUCUUCAACACCAAGGGAUGCUUUCUGCAAAUAACAGUGUGUUUGGUCAUAAAGACGUCCGACCUACUAGUUGUCCUGGAAAAGAGUUUUAUGAUAGGAUAUUGACCGAAGACUUCGGAUCGUUCUGGCACCGCAUCGAGCCGGUGAUGUGGACAGAUUGCAAACUUAAGGAUGGGAUAUGUAAAGACAACACAACUGAAACAUGCGAAGGAGAGUGGAAGAAGAAGCUAUGCCCUGGCCAAGCGAAUAUAGUAUGUUGUAUAUAGAAAUAAUGUACAACCACUUACAUUUGAAGUACUUAAAUGAAAAAUAGUAUCUGAAAUAUACUUUAUCAUAAUGUGUAAUUAGUAACAGGCAUAGGAAGCAUAGUCUAAGUACCUAAAAUAGUUUCUGAAAUAUACUUUAUCAUAAUGUGGAAUUAGUAACAGGCAUAGGAAGCAUAGUAUAAGUAUCUACAUCUAAUGUGAAUCCCGGUGAUAUCUUAUUAUUAUUUUCUUCUUUUAAACGUUAUAAUGUUAAAACAAUAAAUGAGAUUUAAUGAAUAUGUCUAAAAGACAGAGUAUAAUGAACUAGAAUUCACCAAUAUAAAUGCACUAAUAAUCAGGUCAUCGCGAUUUAUUUUUUAUAUAUCUACGCAUUCUUCUUUUAUUUAAGGAUAAUGCUUAGAUCAUUUAAAGCAUAUGAAUAGCUAACAUCUAAUAUAUUAUUUGUCAAUAUAUUGUUGGUGUUGAUUUGAGGGCAAAUGACAAUAUAUAAAAAAAUUGGUGAAAACUAGACAUAUUGUCAUAAAGAAAGUUACCAUGUGUACUACAGUAAACUCGAGUGGACAAGGAUGUGAACACUAGUGCAAAAGAUUGUUAACUUCAGUAUACAGGCUACCAAGUUAGUUUUGCUCUCGAAAGUAUAUGUGAAAAAUCUGUAAAAGGUAGAAUGCGUAGUAAGUAAUGUUCUGCUGAAUAUGUAUCGAUCAUUAUUUGGGUAUUGCUAUUGUCAUUACAGUUGUAUAGUUUUAUGCAGCGUGAUAUAAACCAAUCAAUUUUCCUUUUGUAAGCAUUUGUUAUUUUAAUAACCAUAACAUAAUUGUCAUUGCUAUCUCCAAUAUUUUUAAUUGUGAAACCAUUCGAAAACAAUGAUGUCGGCAGUAGAGCAACACAACAUAGAAAGCGAUAAAACUAUGAUCGGGUGUUUGAAUACGAACUGCUUGUCUGUAUUGUAUCGUAUUGAAUUAAGGAAAUAAUAUCUGUAUAAUUCGUACGCAUGUGUAAAUCUAUACAUUGCGAUCGAGGUAUUCCUGCUAUCAAUAGACGACUUGUCACGAUAGCCAUGUCGACUGGAUCAGUCUGUUGACCAUUGCGACAUUUACACCACCUGUUCUGCAGAAUCAGAUAUUUCAUUGGCUAGGCUAGGCGAUAUUGCGAGAGAUCAUUAAUUCAAAGUCUGCGGACAGGGCACAAGUUAAAAUAAGUUUCUUCCUCUUUUGUCAUCACAUGUUAUAUAUCCAAAUGAUAGUAGAAUGAUAAGCUAAUAAUAAACAUGGAACAUUCUAUUUCUUCUAUCUCCUAUCAGAUAUUUAGAUUCGAAUACACAUCUGGGACUACAUAGAUGAUGGUCUGGACUCUGAACAUUACCAAAGAUUUUAUCCUUAAAUAUCCUCAAUAUAAUAUACAUAGAGAACUAUACCUUCAAUUUGUUUUGCUUUUGUCAGAGUAUUGGAAUAUGCAAUAUAUGUUUUAGGUCAGUCUUACAGAUGAUGUAAAUCAACUCAGUUUUCAAUAUAUUUGGAAGCAUAUCGAAUCACUACUAAAAUACAACACCUAAUAAAUCAUAUAAGUAAUCUGCCUAUCAGGUACUGAAAUAGAAUUUUAAACUUGAAACUAUUUUGUUUUUCGGAAUAAUAAUUUAAAGCAAGUAUAUAAAGCAUUUUAAAAGCUUCAGGAAUCAUCAAUGUGAUGUUCACAAAUUGUACAUCUAAAUCUUCUAUUAUGGUUCAUUUGUAGUUUUCGUAUCAUAUAAUAUACAUGUACAUUGCAGUAAAUUAAUAAAACCUUACAAUUGAAA